AUGAAAGACACCCCGCCUGUCGGAAUGGACUUGGACUUUUCAAAUCGAGGACUUUUCGCGUUUGAUGCUACGAAGGCACGGUCAGCGCUGGUAGAGGUCUCUGCGGCGGCACCGCGGACUACCCUCUCGACUAGCUCGACGGAUGGGGGUGACGCCGCCAGCGCAGCGCUGUCGCUGUCUGCACUCCCCGCCAUCCGCCUAUUGAACUUGUCCUACAACUCCCUCCACCUCUUCACCGGCGGAGAGACCUUGAAAGGACUCACAGUGUUGGACUUGUCGCACAACGCGCUGACACAGCUCUACGGUCAGAGCAUGCCGCCCACGCUGGUACGGCUCAGCGUCGCGCACAAUCAGCUGGCACACCUGUGCAACUUGGCCCAGUACACACCACAGCUGCAAGUACUGGAGGUUGGGCACAACCAACUGAGCACCUCUGCUCUGCGUGACCUACCUGUAUCGCUGACGCACCUCAGCGCGGAGAACAACACAAUUGAGUCGUUGGCGCCGCUCGGCGUCUUGUUUCACCUGACACACCUGAACUUAGCACAGAACCAGCUGGAAAGCAGAGAUACCCUUUGCGCCUUGCAGCCACUUGUGUCACUGCGCCACCUCGACGUCCGCGGCAACCCCAUGUGCGAGAAAGGUAGACGUAACAGCGCGGGCGAGGAUGACGGUGUCACCCAGCUGCUGCACGACGUACUGCCCCGCCUGUCGCGCUUCAAUGGGACUUCUCUCUCACAGGCACCAGAGAACCGCAUGUGGAAGACGGCGCACCGGCAGCAACAGCAAAAUGCUAAACUCAGCGCAGUGAACUGUCGCGGCAUUUCGCAUGAUGUUCAUGGCGACAAUGGUGUGCGACGACGAGGCGCACGCGAGGACAGCAGCGGCGGCGGCAGCAGCAGCUCCCUCUUAUCAUCUUCCCAAAGACAACAGCACAAGCUCCAGGAGCCGACUUUGGAAGUCCGCCUCAUGCAGGCGAAGGUGAAUGAACUACGACGCCUGCUCUUAACCGCGCAGGAUGAGGAGGGAAAGGCUCGUCAGAAGCGUGCGCUGCUCAUGGAGAACGUGAAGAGCACAGCCAAGGUGAUUGAUCAGCAGGAGGUGGAGCUGGAGAAGCUUCAAAGUGAGGUGGAAAACUUGCGGGGACUGGAUGAGAAGCUGCAGUUAUCGGUAGCGGCUGCAGAGCACUCGUUUGAGCAGGUCCACGCGUCUCUUCUUGCGAGCAAGGCAAAACUGUCUGCCUCCGCUGUGAAGUAG